AUGGGGAAGCAGAAGCGAAACAUCCUGUUGCUGCUCGACAACGCCCCAGUCCACCCCGACAUCAAACUGAAAAACGUUAACUUACAGUUCCUUCCGCCGAACACGACGUCUUUGGUACAGCCAAUGGAUGCGGGCAUAAUUCAGGCGGUGAAACUUAAGUUCCGGAAGCGGCAGCUCAAGUACGUCCUGGAAGAGAUGGACCGUCAUCCCACCAAGCUUGGUCCCGAAAUACUGCGCGACAUCUCGAUCCUCGACGCCAUCUAUUGGAUCUCGGCUGCUUGGCGGGAACUCUCAACAGAGACGAUUUUAAAGUGCUUUGGGAAGUGUGGCGUCACACCUGACUUCCUAACAACGGGCAACCAUGCGACCGUCGUGAGUGACACUGAUUUUGAACCUGAGGACGAUCUUCCCCUGUCCAUGCUUCGUGUCUCCAAGGAGCUCUUCAAUUGUGACAUCACUGAACUCGACAAGAUUGACAACAAUCUGCCGACUUGCGAUAACAACAUGGAUUUCUGGGAGCGACCGGCACCCCAGAUCCUCGCCGAUCUCAAUGGAAACACCGCUGCCGCUGCUGAGCAUGACGAGGACGACAAUGGAACAGAAGCUCCCAAGUGUGUUAGUGUUAGUGAAGCAGCUGAGUGCCUUCAAAAGCUGCGCUCGUUUGCAGUUCUAAAAAAUGACUGCUUGCUGAACUCAAUCAUGGAAGCACAGGAUGUGUUUAUCAAAUAUAGGAUGGACUCUAGUGUCAAGCAGAGUAAAAUAAGUGAUUUUUUUAAGCGAGUGUUUUGA